AUGAAUAGCACAACAGGGUAUAAUGGAUUUCUUGGCUCUCACAACAUCGGUGGAUUUGGCUAUGGCAUUGGUGUAUCUAUUGGAAUCCUGCUGCUCAUCACAACGAUCACUUUGGCUUCCUAUUUUUGCGCGCGAAACCAACAGGCAUCGGUGCCAAGCCAAGGAAGAAAUGUUGCAGAUCAGCAACUGAACGUACAAAACUUUGUUGUCGAUAUAGGGCUUGAUGAGGCCACUCUGAAGAGCUAUCCUACACUGCUGUAUUCGGCGGCGAAGCUACGCAAGACAGACUCCACUGCUUCAUGCUGCUCUAUUUGUUUGGCAGAUUAUAAGAGCACUGAUAAGCUACGGUUGCUGCCUGAUUGCGAACAUCUUUUUCACCUGAAGUGUAUUGACCCGUGGUUGCGGCUGCACCCAACUUGUCCAGUCUGCAGAACAUCUCCAUUGCCGACACCCCUCGCAACCCCUCUGGCUGAGGUGGUUCCACUGGCAAGCAGGCGGGAUUGA